AUGCAGGCGGGGGCCGCAGCACUGCAGCUCAGCCGCCAGCCCCCCCCCCCCCGCGCCGGCCAGCAGCAAGAGCCAGCGCCCCCUCCGCUGCUCCACGGGUGGCUUCCCGACUCGGGCUCGCCUCUCCUCGCUUGGCUACGCGGCUGGGGAGGACGUCUGAGAGCCCCGGAGGCGGCGGCGACCCCCCGCGCCCGCCCUGCGCCCAGCAGCAGCCCCCGCGGAGGGAGGCAUCCGCCCCGGCCGCCGAGCCCAGCACGCGCGCCCCCCCCCGCCCCGGCCCAGCUCCAGCUCCCCCCGCCGGCACGACCGUGCAAGGGGCUCACCGUCACCGGCCGCUCCGCCGCGCUGGACGCCUCUGCCGGGCCCCCUCCUGGCUGGCUGGCCUGCCGCCGCCGCCGCCGCUCGCACAGCCGGGACUUUGCUGCCAGCCUCCGGGAGGGGAGGGGAGGGGAGGAAGGAGGGGCCCAGAGCGCAGCAGCUCCCGCUUGGCCCCCCGCCCGACGGCACAGAGCAGCAGCAGCAGCCCCUCCGCAGCUGCUGGAGCCCGACCAGAGCCCGGCUGGGCGCGGGCGCAGCGCCGCCGAUCUUCUGGGCUCCUGGUGCGGCAACUUGGAGCAGCCGGGAAGGGGGCGGGCAGCGCUCCUUGCCGGAGAAAACUGCGCUCGUCUGGAGGGAGCCUCCUCCGCUCCCCCUCCCGGCCGCAGCUCACGCCGGGCAGCCAGCGGCACGCCCGCCCGACUCGUGGGCUACAGCCAGAGGGGCGACAUGCAGGGCUGCCACAGGGUUCGUUGGCGGCCUCCCUCCCUACCCCGGGAAUGGAUGCUUCCAGGGAGGGACUGA